AUGAAAUCUGGCCAUGAAAUUCAUCAAAUUCCCCCAAAAUCGCCUGACAUUACCAAAAAUUUUGCCUCAUUGUUCAAGAAAACUACAUCUGUGGAAAACUUUCUGACAAUUCCUGCUGCUUCAGAGAUCAAUUCCUUAACACUUGUUGAUCCUUUGGGAUGUAAUAACACCGUUACUAUGCCUCUGGUUUCUCAGCUGAAUCAAAAUACACCGACUGUUCAGAUCGCCUCUGUUCUUCCUUCGGCUGUGUCAUCUUCAACAAAUAAUCAAUGUUCGUCAUCUGGAUUAGGAAUGCACAUUCCUGCUGAUGCUCAAGGAGUUAAUCUGCAUUCCCAUUCUGUUUUGAUUCCUCCAUCUAAGUCAUCUUCUCAAGAUCCUUCGAUAGACCGAAUUCUGCCAAAAACUCAGAUCCCGAUUCCUGGAAGAGAUUCUCAGGUUCCUCUUGUUACAUCGAAUGCUCAGAAUCCUUCUACUUUUCAAGUUCCUUCAUCUCCAAUUCUAUUUGGUUCCUUGAAUGCUGUAAAUCCUCUGAAGCCUUCUAAGAGAGUUGUGUUUAAUAAAGGGGAACCUG